AUGGAAGAGGAAAAGAAAUUUAUAAAACUCAAAAUGGAAAGAAAAAAAUUAAUACAUAAUAAAUAUAAAUAUGAAAUAAAAAAGGUUAUAAGAAUGGACAAGACAAUUAAUACUUUUAAAAAUGUGACAAAACAAGUUUAUACUUCUUAUAGGAGGAAUAAUAAAAUAAAAAAUUUGAGGGUGAAAAAAAAAUGUGAAAAAAAAGGGAAAAUAUUUAUUAGAAAAAUGAGGAAGAAAAAAAUAUUAAUUAACAUAGAGAAAAAUAUGAUUUUUAAUAAUUUGAUUUUGGAAAUUUACAAAUUUAUACAUUCUAUAUGUUACAUAAUUAAUGAUAAUAUUUUUGGAUGGGAAGUGAAUCAAAAUAGUAGACAACUUAAAGAUGACUCGAUAAGGAACAGCAAAAGUAGAAAAGAAAAAGAGUGUACAUCCAAAAGGGACAAUAAAUUAGAGGGGGAAGAAAAAAACAAAAAUAAUGAAUCAUUGAAUGAGGUAAUUUUGGAAAUUCUUUUUAAAAAUAGUGUUGAAUUAAUUGGGAAGGGAGAAAAUAAUAUGCACAAUAAUAUGCACAAUAAUAUGUACAAUAAUAUGUACAAUAAUAAUAAUAAUUUAUUGAUUAAAAAAAUUGAUAAUAAUUUAUUAUACAUAAUUGAUAAUGAUAUAAUGCUAACAAAAAUAAUGAUGUACUUUGAUUUGGUAGAUAUAUUUAUUUCUUAUUUUUUAUUUAUUUCAAAUUGUGUAAAUAAAGAGCUUAUUUAUUAUGUUAAUAUAUUUAUUAUAAUAAUUGAAAAGUUUAGGAAUAAUUUUUCAUUACUAUCCAAAACAAUAAUUGAAAAUAAAAAUAUUUUUACAAUUUUUUUUUUAUUUUCAAAUAGUAUAAAAAAAAACAUACUUAAUAAUGAGACUAGCAUAUGCAGAUAUCCUGAUUUUGAAAAAAAGACAGAAUGGGAUAGUACCAAUUUAUUUAGUAAAGAAUGUGAAAAAGGGAAUAAAUAUUUCCUUGAUGAUGUAAAGAAGUUUUAUUUGAAUUGGAUGUAUAGUUAUGACAAAGUGGGACAUAACAAGAUUCAAAAUGAGGAUAAACAAGUUACACACAUAUUGAAUGAGGAUGGAAUUUGUAAAGAAGGAAUAAAAAAAAAGUUACUUGAAAAUUUUAAGCAACCAAAUGGUGAGUGUAGGGAAGUAAGUUAUAAUGGGGAAAACAUUACAAAACUGAUAAAUAGCAUAUCUAAUAAGAAUGAUAAUAUGAUUGAAAAGGAGUAUAAUUAUAUAAUAAUAAGUGAGGAGGGAGAAAGUGAUUGUGUUAAUAUGGCAUUAAAUAUUAAUGAAGGAAAUAAAGAGAAUAUAAAAUUUUAUAAAGGUUAUAUAAAAGAACAUAUUUGUAAUUUUUUUGAAAAUAAAUAUAAUUUAAAAAAGUUACAAAGUAAUAAUUAUAGUAAACUUAAAGAAAGUAAUACAAAAAAAAAUACAGUAAAAAAUAAUAUUUCUUUAUUUGAAAAUUAUAAAAAUAUUUUCCAUAAAUUUUUUUAA